GCCCGUGGCGGCGGGCCUUUGUUGUGGCGGAGGCCGCCUCUUCCUCCUCCUCCUCCUCCUCCUCCUUCCUUCCCUUCAAUUCCUCUCCUUCUUGCCGGGCGCCGGGGCCUAUGUUCCAAUGGCUGCCCGGGGCGCUGCGCUCCUGGCUGCUCCCUCCGCCCUCGGGCCCUUCUCGGCCCAGGAAGAGACGAAGCAGUAUUCAGUCUAGUCUGGAAAACCUUGAACAGAAGCAAACAAAAAGACAAAAACUUGGUAUUUCUGGUACAUUGAGAAAGGGGAUUGCCAGUUUAAUCACACUACCAUCCCAGUUGGCAGCCAAAUAUCUUCAGACAGAAGACCAGCAUGCAGAAGUCAAAGAUGAGGUUUUUUCAAAUGCUUCAAGUGGUACUUCUUCUGACAGGCAAAUGGAACCUACCUCUGGGAAGCAAAUGUCCAAGUUGGAUAAGAAAACUGGUUGUGGUACCAGUAUGCGUCCAGAUGUAGAAGUAGUAUCUGACUACCACAGAGUUAUGCCCUGUCUGAGGUAUGACUGUAGGUCUGGAAAGAAUAGUAAGAGAAGUCGUAGUUCAUUUCAAGAAGACUUGCUACCAUGGGAGCUUGCUACUUAUCAGCAUAGGUUACAAGAUUCCACUCUAGAUGCUGGACGAUAUCUAAGGAAGCCUUAUUAUACGGUGGAAGAGGGAGUUCAGAAUGAAGAACGAGAGAAAUACAAAAUGCUGCUGGAGCAAGAAAAAGAAAAAGGCUCUAAAAAUAACUCCAGUCCCAUAAUAGCCAAGCACUUAGACGUGCAUAGUUACUCCCAUGGAUCAUUGAGUGGAAUGGAUGUUCCUUCAUUUGAGACACCAAGAAAUGGUGUUAGAAACAUUGGUCUCUUGUGCUCUAACAGAAAUGUAAACAGCUUAGCAACAUCAGACAGAUCUUCAGAACCUGACAAGAUAGUGGUCCAGAAAAAAAAGUGUAAAAUGCAGCCCUUGGCAAAUGAUUUAUCAGAGGAAGUGUCACUUAAGUUAAACCUGGGACAAGAAGGAUCUUCUGACAGAAGGCACUGUGUAGUUCAAGUAGAAGAACAGAAAUGUCUAAGCUUGGACAUGACUACAGAGUACUUUCCAGACCUGACAGAGGAUAUGGAGCAAGAGAUCGCAAAUGUGCUAAGUUAUGGCCAAGAAGAUGAAAUUCUGACAAGUGCCUUCAAGCUGAAUAUUACAAGGGGAGACAUUCAGACUCUAAGAAACCAACAUUGGCUCAACGAUGUGGUUAUUAAUUUCUAUAUGAAUCUUUUAGUGGAAAGAAAUAAAAGACAUGGAUUUCCAGUUCUUUAUGCUUUCAGUACUUUCUUCUACCCUAAGUUAAAUACUGCAGGCUAUAAUGCUGUAAGAAGAUGGACCAAAGAAGUGGACUUAUUCCAACAUGAUAUGAUUUUGGUGCCAAUUCAUAUAAGGGUACAUUGGGCAUUAGUGGUUAUAGAUAUGAGGAGGGAGACCAUCAAAUAUUUUGAUUCAAUGGGUCAAAAUGGCCACAAGAUCUGUAUGAAAUUGCUGCAAUAUUUGCAGGAUGAAAGCAAAGCCAAGAGAAAUGUGGACAUUAAUGCUUCAUCGUGGGCACUUUAUAGUAUGAAACCACAUGAAAUUCCACAGCAGUUGAAUGGCAGCGACUGUGGAAUGUUUGCUUGUAAAUAUGCAGAUUUUAUCUCCAGGGAUAAACCCAUUGUAUUUACACAGUGUCACAUGCCUUAUUAUCGCAAAAGGAUGAUAUGGGAGAUACUUCAUCAGCAGCUACUAUGACACAAGUUCUCAGGCCUACAAUGUACAUGCACAUAUCAUCUGGUGAUGAAAUAAGUUAUGUUAGCUGUCUUGUAUCUUUCUCAUAACAAGAUUCAAAGGACUCUCUUGUCUGGAUAUCAUUGCAGACAAUAAAGCAUGCUUGAGAGCAUGUACUUAACUUGAACCCUUUUUCUCUAAAGGGCUAAGCAUGGGUUAAGACAGAAAUUCAGCUGAGUGAGUGUAUGCUCAGAUUGGUGAAAAACUAUCAAGGAACAUUGAAUGAACAUUGUUUGACCUUAGUGAUGUGAAAAGCCAUGUAUUACCAUCUUCGCAUGUUGGGUUGGUUCCUAGUGUAGUUGUGAUUUGAGUAGACACACUGAAGUCAGUAGGGCUUGGAUUAAUCAUGACUAACAUGUUCCACUGAUUUUAAGGAGUCAGAGACAUGGCCAAGUCUGGAUUCAACCCAUUGGCUUUGGUUGGUCAACAUGCUUUGGCCAUAUUGUUUCCUGGGUUCUUCCAGGACAUCUGCUCUGGGCAAACUGUGGGCAGGAAAACUCAGAAGUUGAGCAGGACAUUGGCAAGCAAGGCAGAAAAAGUGUAUGAACCUGUGGUGUGUUUAUAAUCCUCUAGUCUAAGCCAAGACCUCUUCUAUUGUAAGAUGGAAACUUUUUUCGUAAUUGGAUUUGUAAUGAUUUUGAAAGAUGGAAACUCCAUUUUGAUUUGCAACAAAUCCAUACGUAAAAGCCCUAGAUAGGGUUAUUCUUAAUUUAAAAGUAUUAUAAUUUUAUAUGAGACUAUUUAUUUGUAUUGUAUUUAAAUAGACAUGUUGAAAUUCUGAAAUACUUUCAUGAACUAAAAAUAGAAAUAAAUAUUUAUCCAGUAAUCCUGUUUUAAAUUAAUGUGAACAGUACUGUUGCUUUUGUUCAGAAAAAGGUGGCAUAACAAAAGUUAGUGGAGUAAAAUUAAUCAGCAAAUGGGUGAAAUAAAAUAUUUUUUCCUA